UAUUGAAAAGACCUACGUCUUGAGCUAUCUGAGUCAUAACAUCCGUAAAACAUGAAGCUAACUCUUCUUUUGACGGAUUGUCCAAAAAAUUUAGCCUCUUUAACAAUGAUCUUCAGAUAGAGUCGUCGGCUUUUGGGCACUUGUGCCAUCGUCUUUUAAUUGAAAUGUCAAGUGAAAUCCUCCAAAUUGAUACAAUUUAUACCUAAACCUCUUCAAAAGGCACAUAAAGGAUCUUUGAUGGAGAAGAAUGGUCUUGGAGCUCUUAACGAGAAAAAGAAGACUAGGUCUUCCACUGCUUUCACUUCCUUGGAUAAUCCCCUUCCACUGCAAUUGUCUCCUUCGAUUGGAGAGCUUGUGAUGUUCAGAUUGAUCGAAGAGCUUCCAUCAGAGAGCUUGUGAUGGCUAGCCUCUGUGUCCUGCAUCUCUGUCUCGGAAUCAAAAUUCGCAAGCAAACUGAGGAGAAUCGAAGAGAAAUCGGUGUAUAACACGGCAUAUACAAUGCUUAUCGGGAAACAAAAUAGAGAUAAUCAAAACAAAAUUGGUCAAUGAUAUGCCAAGUAAAAGCUUGCCGUGAAGACCUCGGUCGCAAAUAAAUACUGAGCUAGUUCCAUGGACUUUGCAGAUUUCAUUCCCUUUGAUUGCGGAAAAAAAUGGAAGAGUCGAUGGGAAUACGACGAAGAGAAAAAGCGUAGGAUCCAAGUUUAUGAUUAUUUCUUUUGUUUAAAUUAAAUUUAUGAAAAAAUAUAUUUUUAAUUUUUAUAUGGGUGGGUAACCUAAGUAAGAAGUCGUUGGGUUAGUAAUAAUGAAAAUUCAUUAAGGGUUCUAAAGUCUUUACCCACCUUGGACCCAUGUUUUCUAUUUAAAAAUAUAUAAAUAAUAAGUAAUAUUUUAAUAAGGGGAGAAAAAAGAUUUUUUUCAAGAGAGAGAGAGAUAUUUCGAAUUAAUCUCCACAAGUAACACAUAUCAAAAAUAGUUUUAAAUAGGUUUCUAAUAAAUCAGUAAAUCAGAUACUUUUUUUCUUCUGUUUCCACUUUUUUUUUUAUAAUUUAAACUAGGAUAAGGCUUGUGCCUUGCACUGCAGGAUGAAUUAUUUAUUAAAAGACGUAUGUUUUCAUAUUGCAUAAUCUGAUUAUUUCUGAAUACAUGUGUUUUUGUGGUCAAAAUAUAUUUGGUAUUGAUGUUUUUUUUAAUAUAGAGUAAUUAACUAAUUAUAAAUAUUUGAUACACAUAGAAAAAGUAUAGAAGCCCAAAUCAAACAAUUUAAAUGUGAUAUCAUUGAUACUCUCCUAUAAUCAUAAAUUAAGAGCUGUUAAGAAAUUUGAUGGUAUUUAUAAGGGAAAAUUCAACAGUAUAUAUAUAGUAGACAUAAGUAGGUUUUCGGAUUGUUUGAAAAUUUAAAAUAAUUAGUAUUAAUUACCUAGAAAUCAUAUUUUAGCGUGAUACAUUGAGUCAAUAUUUAUGUAAAUUUUCAAUAACUACCAUAAACAUAUUUGGAAAGUUUUUUUCAAUGGUCGGAAUUAUAGACUUGGUGACAAAGUAUAUUUUUAUCUUAAAUUAAACUUGCUAUAUAGAGCUUCUUCAAAAAAAUUAUCAAGCUUAAAAAUUUGGUGGAAGCAUUAACUUGGUGAAAAAGUUUCUUAUUUAUUUAAACAUCCUGGUAUAAGAACAAUUAAUUUAAAUUUACCAAAAGAGUUUGAUUCUAAAAUUGUUUAUCACAAAAAUUUGGUUCAAAUUUUAGGAUUAUUGUCUAACGUUAAUAAUACCAGCCGUGUACGAUCUCUUUCGGCUUAAUUAAUUAAAAAGAACAUUUAAGCGACCUUAAUUAUAGAUAGUUCAAAAUAAGUAGUUGUUUUCUAAUUAUAUAGCUUACAAAACUUGAGUAUAUAUUAGAAAUUGAUUCUUGAUAAUAUGAUAGACUAUGUCUCUUCUGAGUAUAUAUUGUGUCUCUUCGAAGCAUAUAAUAGUCUGCAGCAACACAGAAUAACAAUUACACAAAUGAAUUAGAGAUUCUCACAUCAACAAAGUUUUGGACCUACUAACAAUGAACAUUUGAAAUACAAUUUUGGUUACCGCUCAUUUGUGAAUUAUUGUUUUUUUUUUUGUUAUGAAAAUUACAAUUUUGUUAAACUCCAAGGUUGUGAAAUGUUGCGGACAAUGUACUGACGACGAAACAAAACUUUCAAUUGUGUUGCUUUGCUUUCUUCUCGAUAAUAGUGUUAUCCGGUGUUGCUCUGUCUUUAAUUUUUUUAAUUCAUUAUACGCUUUGUUAAUUUGUGCUAUUUUUCUAUAUGGUUUAGGUGAACAAAAUAAUAAACAAACGUCAAGAAUUUUAUAUUUAACAGUUAGCAAACGCUCAAGUGGUUAUUAUAAUACCAUAAAUAAAAUAGUUUAAAUAUUUACUAAGUGGUUACACAGAGUACUAAGUUAAUAAUCAUAUCGCCGAGUAUUAAGUUUAUUAUAUGCAUUUAUGUUUGUGUUAGUAUUAGUUUUCCUAGCAAUUGAAUUUUGAACUUAUUAAUUUUUUAAUUGAUUCUUAUGCUGUCACAUAAGCCAAAUUGAUAUCUUAAUUAAAUAAUACUUAAACAAAUAUUUUUUUAAUUAAUACAAAUUUAAAAUUAUACUUUUUUAAAUAAUUCUCUAUUAAUAUAUCGGAGAUUCUGACACAAAAUCCUAUAAGAGCCUGUUGUUGGAGGUGGCCUUAUGCAUAGCUAUUUACUAUAUUUGUAAUUCUUCUAACAAUGCAGAAAAAUUCUUCAUCGCUCAUAACAACUUCUAUUCUUGAAUCGUUUUGACUAAAGCCUUGUACGUUAACUAUUCUCUAUAUAAAUACACAUUGUUUCGGAUGUUAUUUCCUAUCAUAAACUAGAAGAUAAAAUAAAAAGCAGAGAAAACAAGAAUGGUUGCAAAUUUAAGGAACAAUGCAUUCUUGUCUUCUUUUAUGUUUCUUUUCUUAAUCGGUUCCUCGCACGCGAUCACAAGUUCAGAGAUGAGCACCAUCUGUGACAAAACUUUGGAUCCAUCUUUCUGUCUUGACUUUCUCAAUUCAGAAUUUUCAUCUCCUAAUCUUGAAGCCUUGGCGAAAGCCACACUUGAUGCUACACAAGCAAAAGCAACACAAACAUUUAAAAGACUCCAAUCUAUUAUCGAUGGAGGUGUCGACCCCCGAUCCAAACUAGCUUACAGAUCAUGCUUAGAUGAAUACGAGAACACCAUUGGAAACCUCGAGGAAGCUUUUGAGCAUUUAGCUUCUGGCGAGGGUGAGGGGCUGAAAACUAAAGUUUCUGCUGCAUUGGAUGGAGCUGAUACAUGUCUAGAUUAUGUGAAGAGAUUGAGAUCUGUAGAUGAUUCUGUUUUGAAUAAUAGUAAGGGAAUUAAGAAUCUUUGUGGUAUUACUCUUGUCAUCUCUAACAUCCUACCACGUAGAUAUUAAUUUGAAACCAUCAUCAUGUGUUUGACUGAUUAAGUUGUAUUAUUGGUAAGAUGAUAAUUACAUUAUUAUAUACUGAAUAUAUUAUAAUAAAGUAAGCAAAUGUUUUUUAUUUUCAACAUUAUCAUUUCGUCCAUGCGCUGAUUGGAUCAAUAAAGACCCAUCUUAGCAUAAAUGGUGACUACAACUAGAUAGGGUGGGUAACAUUGAUUAUCCUAGUUUUUGAAACUAUAUUUGAUCCGAUUUGUUUCGUUCAUAUUAUCAAUUUUGUGAUCUUAUUCGAUACUUAGCCAUUCAGAUAUACAGAAAUAAAUAUUUUUAGUCGGAUAUCCACUUCAAACCUUAUAAAUAAAAUAUUAAAAAGAAAAAAUAAAAAUCCAAAAGUAAUAUAAAAUAAUAAUAAUACUGUAUUACAAAAGUAAAAAAAAAAUUUACCUUUCAAAAACUCUAAUAACUAAACAACUAUUUUAAAGAUUUUUUAAAAACAUUU